UCAUCAUCAUCAUCAUCAUCAUCAUCAUCAUCAUGAAGACUCUUUGCUUCACCCUGGGACUGCUGCUACUCACUGUCUGCUGCUGCAAUGCCGGUCCCGAAGCAGUGCGCCACAGCACAGCACCUCAAACCUGCUGCCAUGAGUUUUAUGAAAAACGUUUACCAAUCAAACGUGUGACCAACAUAACUAAGACUGACAAGACCUGUCUGAAGAAGGCAUUCAUAGUCCAAACAGUUAUAGGAAAACAGAUCUGCUACAGACAGACUUUCGUGUGGGCUCUGGAUGUCUACAAUCAGCUCCACUGAGGGUGGUGGUGCACAAUCGUAUCAGCGAUGUAUUAUUGUGUAAUAAUAUAAUAGUGACAUAACCAUGUCUGGUUUUGCAGAUCUAAAUGGAUCUGAUGAUUUUUUUAUAUUGCUGUAAAAGACAAAGUUUUUUCUGUGGA